AAGCUUUAGAGGCAUCCCUUGAGAUGCAACUAGAAGAAGUUAGACCCAAUACUGUGACGGUUGCUAGUAUUCUAUCAGUUUGUGCUCAGUUGUCAGUCAUAAUGUUGUGCAAGGAGGUUCAUGGUUACCUAUUACGACAAGAAUUUGACUCCAAUGUUCUUGUGAGCAAUUCCCUGAUAACUACCUAUGCAAAAUGUGGAGACAUAAAGAGCUCAAGGAGUGUGUUUGAGACAAUGCAUCAAAGAAAUGAAGUUUCAUGGAACUCAAUUCUUCUGGGGUUAGGAAUCCAUGGCCAUGCAGACGAAGCAUUUGCUUUAUUUAGAAAAAUGGAAGCAGCAGGACUGAAGCCUGAUCAUGCAACUUUUACAGCUCUUCUUUCUGUAUGCAGCCAUGCAGGGAGGGUUGAAGAGGGGACGAAGUAUUUUCAGCAUAUGGUCGAAGUUUAUAAAAUUGAGCCUCAACUUGAACAGUACACCUGCAUGGUUGAUCUUUUAGGCCGAGCUGGCCAUUUAAAGCAUGCAUAUGAUAUUAUUUCAACAAUGCCUUGUCCAUCCGAUGAUCGUAUAUGGGGAUCGUUGCUUGGAUCAUGUAAAAUUCAUGGUGAUGAAAGACUGGCAGAAGCUGUGGCUGAUCAUAUCUUUCAACUGGAUCCUACUAAUAUUGGCUACCGUACACUUCUUGCAAACUUGUAUGAAGAGCGUGGGAAAUGGAAUGAAGUUACCAAGGUUAGAUCAGACAUCAGAGGUGUGGGACUCAAGAAGACACCUGGGUGCAGUUGGAUUGAAGUUGAUAGCAAUCUUCAUACCUUUACUGCAGGUGAUCAUUCUCAUUAUGAGUCGGAGGAGAUAUAUGCUACAAUAGAAAAUCUUACAACUGCAAUUAGGAAGGCAGGAUAUAUCCCUCAAUUACUGACUGUUGAUAAGGGGCUUGAUGAGGUUCUUGAUGAAGAUCUCACAUCAUUUAGAGACAAGGGCAAGGGUUUGUUGUUUCUGUCUACAAGUACAAACAAUCACCAACAGGUUCAAUAGACAUGAUGGCAUGAUGAUUCUCAGUCAAAGCAUGGUCAUGCAGCUUUGGAUAAAACAGACCUCAUGUUAAAAGUAAGUUGGUUACUCAGGACAUGUACCGAGUUAGAAGAGCUAUUCUAGAUGAUUGGACUAAAUUCUGGACUGCUUUUGCAAA